AUGGAAGGGGUAAACAAAUUAAUUGAUUUUGCAAUUAAGCAUAGAUGUAUUGAAGGAAGAAUAUUGUGUCCUUGCGUGAAGUGUAAAUUUAGGUAUUGGUUAUAUAAAUUUGACGUGAAAGAACAUUUAAUUUGUGAUGGGAUUGUACCUGGAUAUGUUCAUUGGAUUUGGCAUGGUGAAGGGGGAUCUUUAGACACUUCUAGUAGCACUCCUAAUGUUGUGUCUACUAAUGUGCAAAUUGAGAAUCCUGAAGUAAAUAUCAUUCAUGAUGCUUUUCCACAUAUUUUACAUGGUAUAAAUGAGCCUUCAACAUCACAACAAACACUACUUGGGGAUGGAGUAUUACCUAGAGAGGAUAGUGAAGACAGUAAAAUAUUUUAUGAGUUGCUCAAAGAUGGAAAUCAAGAGUUGUAUGAAGGGUGUAACAAGUACUCAAAAUUAUCAUUUUUGUUAAAGUUGUACCACAUCAAGUGCUUGGGUGGAAUAAGCAAUAAAGCAAUGUCUAUGAUUUUUGAAUUGUUAAAAGAUGCUUUUGAACAAGCAAGGCUUCCUGAUUCUUUCUAUGAGGCAAAAAAAACCAUCAAUAGACUUAGUCUUAAUUAUGUUAGCAUUCAUGCAUGUCCAAAUGAUUGUAUGCUAUACUGGGGAGAUGAUAAAGCUACAGAAACAUGCAAAGUAUGUCAUACUUCAAGAUGGAAACAACCAAACGGGAAGAAUGGUGGUGAUGUGCGUUGUGGUAGAAAGUUUAAAAAGAAACCUUCUAAAGUGUUGCGUUACUUCCCUCUUAAGCCUAGGUUGCAACGGUUGUUUAUGUCUUCUAAAACUGCUGAAUAUAUGAGAUGGCAUGCUAUGGAUAUUAACAAAGAUGGGUUGAUGCGACAUCCUAGAGACUCUGAAUCAUGGAAGCGAUUUAAUGAAGUCCAUGUAGAAUUUACUGCUGACCCACGAAAUGUAAGACUUGGGUUAGCUGCGGAUGGUUUCAAUCCAUUUGGACAUCAAAGUUCUACACAUAGCACUUGGCCUGUGAUUUUAAUUCCUUAUAAUUUGCCUCCAUGGAUAUGUAUGAAACAAACCUCAUUUAUUUUGUCUAUGAUUAUUCCUGGGAAAAAGAUGCCAGGGAAUGAUAUAGAUAUUUACAUGCAACCAUUGAUUAAAGAGUUAAAUGAGUUGUGGAGUUUUGGAAUAGAAACAUUUGAUGCUUCACAGGGUCAGUUUUUUAAACUACAUGCAGCUCUAAUGUGGACAAUUAGUGAUUUUCCUGGGCUAGGUAACUUAUCUGGGUGGAAUACACAUACAGGGCUAGCAUGCCCCUCAUACAACUUUGAUUUUUUGCCAAAUCGCCUUCCACAUAAUAGGAAGUGGUGUUUUAUGGGUCAUCGUCGGUUCUUAGGGUCUUCUCGUCGGUAUAGACAUCACAACUCUAAAUUUGAUGGAACCAAAGAUUUGAGAAGUCCGCCAAAGAUGUUGUCAGGUUCAGAUGUUUUGAAUCAGCUUGCAGAUAUCAAUAUUACAUUUGGGAAAAACCUAGAAAUGACUGAGAAGGGGAAAAGAUCACGAGUGAGAAGAGUUGAAGAUGGUGAUACGCAACAAUGGAAGAAGAGAAAUCAAAAGAUAAUCUAA